AUGGAUAAUAUAGUUCCCAAUACUCCGCCUCAAGAUAUAAAGACCAUUCCGAGUACCCCUCCGGACGAAGACUACGAUACCAUUGCCACGCUUCCUUUGACUGCGAUAACACCAUCGCAAAGAUUCACCCAACCCACGCAACUACUUGAACACCCUUACCUUCGACAACACAACACCGUAAUCCAAGUCCCGGCCUCUUCACCCAUAGGCCCACAUCCUUCUCCUCCCCGCCGUGACCAAGGCGGUCCUCUCUCAGCCUCAAUCGCCCCUCCUGGGACCCAAUUCCGACCUCCUGCAUUGGGCCCUACAAAACGAACCCCCAAGUUUGACCUUGACGAAGGUCCGACAUAUCGAGGUGGGUCUUCUGACGAAGAGUCCCAUCUACGAAGCAACAUCAAACCCUCGACGUUUGUGCGAGGCAAUAGAACUCUCGAUAAAGAAAAAAUCAUGGAGUCGCCCGGCCGCCCUGACGCCGCCGCAAUGGAUCGAUUCCGCGAGAUAACCUCCUCCGCCGUGUACGAUCCGAAGAAUGGGACCGCAGUCAAGCGGUCCGCAGAUGAGAUGAAUCCCCCCGCGCCAAAGGGGGUCGCCGUCAAGAAGGCGCGGCAAGAUGCGCCCUCUCGUGCACAGCCUGCAGAUGUUCCAGACAUUUUUCUGCACGAUAUCGGAGAUUUCCGACUGCGCAUCAAAGUUGAUCGCAUCCUCAAAGUCAUGCCGGAGAUGUCGGUUAGGACUUGCAUGGAUGCGGUUCUGAAGAGCAAGGGCAACCACGACGUGGCUCUGCGGUACCUUAGCAAUAUGGGUGCCGACAAAGGCAAUGGCGCUGUUGAUGUUGAAUCUUCUGAUGAUGAAUUGGGCGCAGCCGUGGCCCCAGGACCCGUUCCCAUGGCUAAACAGAACAUCAAGGCUCGCGGUACCAUCCAGGACAAGUGGGCCGCAAUGAAGCAGCCCAGGCCCCAGGAGAUCGAUGACGAAGUGAAGCCUCGACGACGGCUCGUCCGUGGACCAAAGUCCGAGAGUUCCUCUAUCGCUGUCUCACCUGUUCGCGCUACUACAAUUGACUCCGAUGAGGCUCCCCCAAAGAAGCUGGGGCGCCUUCAAAAGGGCCGCAGGGCUCCGUCUCCCGAUCGAUCUGAGUCUCCCGAGGCCCAGAUGAGUGAUUCAGAUGAUUCAGAUGCCGAGGCCCAAGGAUCCACCGCUGGCGGUUUGGAUGCCAAGGUCUUAAAGUUCUUCAACACUUGCAGUGUUCGCGAUUUGGCUGAUAUUGCCUCGAUCCCCGAAGAGACUGCUCAAAUUAUCAUCUCAAGCCGUCCUUACGGAACCCUUCAAGACGUGCGUGGUGUUUCAGCUCCAGUCGUCGAGGCGGCCGCGAAGCCCAAGGGCAAGAGAGGAGGCAAGGCCCCCAAGCCCAUUGGAGACAAGAUUGUUGACAAAUGUGUUGACAUGUGGACUGGAUACAUGGCAAUUGAUGCUCUCGUCAGCGAGGUCGAGGGACUCGGCAAGCCCGUCGCUGAAGCGAUGAAGAAGUGGGGUGUCGACACCUUUGGAAAGAAAGGUGAUCUGGAAAUUACCGCCAUUGCGCCUUCAAAGACAGAUUAUGACUCCGGCAUCGCAACCCCCUCAUCUGAACGCCGAUCUCCAUCUCAAUCCUCCGAGAGCGACGAAGACAAUGGCAAGCUGGUGGUUUCCAAGCGCAAGUCUCAAUCUCAAUUAAUUUCUCAACCCGCUAUCAUGGCCGAUGACCUGGUCAUGAAGGAUUACCAAAUUGUCGGAAUCAACUGGCUGGCGCUGCUGUUCGAACAGGAACUCAGCUGCAUCCUUGCCGACGACAUGGGCCUCGGCAAGACUUGCCAGGUCAUCGGUUUCCUCGCGCAUCUGUUUGAACAGGGCAUCAAGGGCCCUCAUCUGAUUGUCGUCCCUUCUUCCACCAUUGAAAACUGGCUUCGUGAAUUCCAGAAAUUCUGUCCGACUCUCAGUGUCAUGCCCUACUACGCCAACCUCAACGAGCGUGCCCACAUCCGCGACGAGAUUGAGGAAAGACGCGACGAAAUCAACGUUGUCAUCACAACUUAUACCAUCGCCAAGGCAAAGACUGACGCCAAGUUCUUGCGCGACAUGGAUUUCACUGUCUGUGUCUAUGACGAAGGACACAUGCUAAAGAACCACCAGUCCCUGCUGUACGAGAAAUUGAUUCGCAUCCGCGCCCGUUUCCGCCUCCUCCUUACCGGCACACCUCUCCAGAACAACCUGCAAGAGCUGGCAUCUCUUCUCGGGUUUAUCCUCCCAUCCGUCUUCCAGGAGCACAAGGAUGAUCUUCAAGCAGUCUUCUCGAACAAGGCCAAGACCACUGACGAGUCUCACGCUACCCUCCUUUCUGCUCAGCGCAUUGAGCGUGCCAAGUCCAUGAUGAAGCCCUUUAUUCUUCGACGCAAAAAGCACCAGGUCAUCGACCUCCCAGCCAAGCACUCUCAUGUCGGUUGGUGUGAAAUGAAGGAAUCUCAAGUCGACAUCUACGAUCAUGAGAAGGAAAAGGUUCGUCAGCUCUUGGCAGACCGUGCUGCUGGAAAGAAGACAGGCUCGAAAUCAGCCAAUAUUCUCAUGAAGUUACGUCAAGCCGCCAUUCAUCCUCUCCUCGCGCGUCGGCAUUACACAGAUGAGAUUCUGCAGAAGAUGUCCAAAGCUUGCUUGAAGGAAGACAAAUGGGCUCUCUCUGACCCCAAAAUCAUCCUGGAAGAGCUUAUGCCCUACAACGACUUUGAAUGCCACCAAAUGUGCCUGGAGAACCCGUCCUCUCUCGGCAAGUUCAAGCUCAAGAACGACGAGUGGAUGGAUUCAGGCAAGGUCGAGCAUCUCAAGGAACUUCUUACUCGUUUCAUCGCCAAUGGUGAUCGCACCCUCAUCUUCUCUCAGUUCACCAUGGUAAUGGACAUUCUUGAACACGUACUCGAGACCCUGAAGAUCGAGUUCGUUCGCCUUGACGGCCGCACCAAUGUGGAGGACCGCCAGUCCAUCCUCGACGCCUUCCACGAGCGCACCGAGAUCCCCGUCUUCCUCCUGUCCACCAAGGCCGGCGGUGCCGGAAUCAACUUGGCCUGUGCCAAUCGCGUGGUCAUCUUCGACUCUUCCUUCAAUCCGCAGGAAGAUGUGCAGGCCGAAAACCGUGCCCAUCGGGUCGGCCAGACGCAGGAGGUCGAGAUCUACCGCCUGGUGACCAAAGGCACCAUCGAGGAGCAGAUCUACGCCCUUGGACAGACCAAGCUGGCACUCGACCAGGCGGUGGCAGGGGAAGACGAGACCGGUUCCAAGAAGAGUGAGGAGGCUGGUAUGAAGGUCGUUGAGGGAAUGAUGAUGGCCGAGCUGGAGGUGAAGGCGGCCAAGUGA